CAGAUCCGUCUCCACGUGCUGUCAGAUCGCGUCGAGUUCCGGAGGUACGGCAACUCUCGAACUUGGUGGCUUGCAUUGUUAUGCAUGUCAGGUCAGACACUGUCAGCUGGGAAGAAGUGUAGGCCAAAUAGACCGUAAGCUUGAGAGGGUGAACUACUUUCCUUAUGACGUCCAGACCAUACUCGCGGUAGAUAAGUGUCAGUCCAGCAGCACUGAAGGAUACCGUAUUUCAUAGUCCAUUAGGCACUAUUCACGUCUCGGUUUGCGGCAACUUCAAGACAGUUUAUUUUCUGACAAUGGACCUUGUAGGAAUCGUGGUCUUAUCUCUCGGAUUAAUAUUCUCCUAUGCUCUAUAUCGUGGGAUAUACAAUCGAUAUUUCCACCCCCUUCGUGACUUUCCUGGCCCUUUCUGGGCAUCCGUUUCGGAUUUCUUCAAGCUUUGGAUCUUGCAUACAAAGCAAGCUCAUAUUCUGGGGCUGAAAUACCAUGAGAAAUACGGACCCAUAGUUCGUGCAGCACCUAACCUGUUGGCUGUCAAUGAUCCCUCUUGGCUCCCAACAAUCUACCACCGCCAUGUGGAUAAGACCGAUGUCUACACUGUCGGAGUCCUAGGAGAGGUGGCACCGCCAUUCCAGACACUCAAGCAUGAUGAACAUGCUGCCAAACGGAAGCGUGUUGCUGCUUCUUUCACCUUGACCAACCUCAAAUCCCUCGAGGGUCAGGUUGAUGACCGGAUCAUGCAAUGGACCACUGUACUAAAGGACAAGUUCGCCGAGACCGGAAAGGAAAUGGACUUCGCUGCAUGGUCGCAAUGGUUUGCGUACGACAUGAUUUGCCAGCUUUCUUUCGGAGAACCCAUAGGAUUCAUCACUCAAGGACGCGACGUCGAAAAUCUAAUCGAAAACUUCCACGAUAUGGCCCCGUUCGCGGCAGUGGUAGGAGCACUGCCGUGGCUAGUGAGACCGUUUCUCGAAAACUUCAUCACCCGGCGCUAUCUUAUGCCGAAGCCCGGUGACAACUCGGGAACUGGGAAAAUUAUGGCGUUCCGUGAUAACCUCCUGGCUGAGCGCUUAAACAACCCUAAAGCGUCCCAGAGAGGUGACUUUCUCGACAAUAUUCUUAACGCGAAAAAUGCAGAUGGCACCCCGAUCACCAUCGAGGAAGUGAAGACAGAAUGCUUUGUUCUCAUGGUGGCGGCGUCGGAUACCACAGCGGCAUUUUUUUGUGGGUUUCUGCGUUAUGUUCUCGAGACUCCUGGUGUCUAUGACAAACUCGCGGCGGAAAUUGACGACUUUGAUCGCCGUGGACUGCUCAGACAUCCAGUUCCUUUAUACGAUCAGAUCAAAGAAAUGCCCUACUUCACUGCAUGCUAUAAGGAGACAAUGCGGUAUCAACCGUCUACCCCCAUGAUUAUACCUAGGUACGUCUCUAAAGAUGGCUAUACUCUCAACAACAGGUUCAUACCCCCGGGGACCGAGAUUGGUGCCAAUCCGUACGUGAUUCACCGUAAUCCUCGAGUCUUUGGCGACGACGCUGAUAAAUUUCGUCCCGAACGGUGGUUGGAUCGGGAUCGUGCCGCAUUCAUGGACAAGUACAUCCUGACGUGGGGAUAUGGCACACGAAUCUGCCUGGGAAAAAAUAUUGCCCUAUUGGAGACGUACAAGUUGUUGAUCCAGGUAUGUAGCCACACCUUUUUUGUUUCGCACGGCUAUCUUACUCCCUCGUAAACCGUGUGUGCUGUCCGGGUCCCCGACUAUUGCCAUUAUGAGAUUGCUGAAUUUGCCUGCUUUCCUGGUAGUUCUUCCGUCUGUUCUAUCCCACGAUUAACAACGGCUCCCGGCCCGUGUGGAGGCAGGAGAAUCUGGCAUUGCUGGUACACCAUGACUUUUGGAUCA